AAUUCUGGCUAAAAGCACACACAGAAGUGUGUCAAAAUUUGUUGAUGAGUUGUAAAGUCCUGUUUAUUUCCCAUUCCUACAGAUCAUCACUGUCGGAUGGUAGCAACAAUAAGACGGAUAGUAGAGUAUUUUUAACACUGAAGGCACGCGCCGAUAUCCCUGACACACACGAGACAUACCCUGACAUUGAACAUUCCCCAUCCAGUGAUUACCCUACCCUAUCCCCAUCAAAUCCCAAAAUAUUCCCCGCCCAGAGAGUCACACUGUUGAGUGGGGAUGAAAGUGAGGUGCAGGAACACAGUGAGGAACCAGAUACUGUUGUCAUCACUAUUACCCAGAAUAUUACUAGAGACACUAAUAUAGAUACAAGCACGCCACUGGCACGGGAAACUGGGGAAGGUAUCCUAGUCCCCAUCAAUAAGACUGAAUCUGGGACUAGGGCUACCACACUGGUGCCAAGGAAAAAGAACAUUCUCGAUUAUGUAUACUCUGACAUUCAGCCACAGAGCUUCAGGCCACCCCCUGAAGUGGCAUAUCUUAAUGAAAAAAAUGAACCAAGUUUUGUAGAACUUACUACGGAAUCAACCACAACAACAACAACAACAACCACAACUCAAAAACCAAUAGUUGAGGCCAAAAUCCAUCCAGUUCCUCUAUUCUUUCGCAAUCGAGAGAAUUCCCCUUUGGAACUUAUUAUACCCACAACAACACCUUCACCUUACAACUGGGAUCAUGUAACCAGGUUGUCGUCAGCAACAACAACACUUGAGAGAAUUGUGGAAACUAGUCCUCUGCCUCGCAGGAGAUUUUUCAGUACACCUCCAUCAGCAACAGAGGGUAUCCUUAGGGUGGGUCAGAGAGGUACAUUCCCAGUGGAUUUCUUUGUCAAUAGAACACAAACCCCUUUUACAACGCCAAGAAAUUUAUUUUUCAAAGAAGUCCUCAAUAAGACACUCGAUUCAGGUGCCACAAGUGGUCGUCCAAUUGUCUCCCCGUACAAGAGUUUAGAGACUCUACUCACAACAGACAGUACCCUUCGGGGAGGAACCUCCUCCCUGAAACCCGUGGUGAGAAAUCAACCCACGAAUGCACCAACAUUUCGCAGUCAUUUCCUCAUCACGGCACCCCCAAGGAACAUUACAAGCACUGAGAGCACGACUGAGGUCACAACAGAAAGCACUACAACGAGCACUACUACAACGAGCACUACAACCAGCACAACAACGAGCACUACAACAGAGAGCACUACAACAAGCACACAGGCGCCCAUUGAAGAGACAACUGUCGCUGAGGAAGAACCUCCAGCGACAGAUCCGAGUGAGGUAGUAGAGGAUCUUACCUCACCCAUAAUUUCUAGGUCUAGGAAUAGAGGUACAACUAAGUCUCACACAACCCGAGGACGAAUUAAGGGAUCUUACGUCUACACAACUGCCAAUACUCUAGAUGUGGAUCCAACGACUUAUGCCCCGAAACUGAGGUUCAUUCCUCUGACCCAGGAGCCCAGGCCUGAAACUACAACAUCACCAGGAAGUAGUCGGAAGAGAGUGAUCAAAAUGAGAGUGCCUCAGAAGAGACUCCGCAAUAGAUUGACAACAUUCCAGGAUAGAUCCUUCCGUGAAGGUUCAGUUAAUAGGGAUAGACAACAAGAAGUUAUCCCUCUAGAGAAACUAUUUUCCAAAGUACAGAGUACCAGUGAAAAAUAUGAGAAGAAUACUACCAAAUUGGACAGUGAAGAUUCAACUGUCUCACCAACAGAUUCAAAGGUUAUUGAGAUAACUGAUCGCCCAGUUUAUUUCGCGCACUACAAACGCCUUUCAGAUAAACCAAAGAAACAUUAUCUGGAGAACUAUGAGUUCAUCCGGCCGGACGAUGACCUAACCAGGCAGGCCAAUCGUGAAAAAUUCCGUGCCACAGUAGAGAUGCCAGAAUUUAAUGUACCCACCGAAUCUGAAAGGGCAUCCUUCCGCGACAAUGUCGAGGCUGAAAAUGAAGAAGAAGAUGAGGAUGAAGAUGAUGAAGAAUUUGAAGAUGAAGAAAUCCCAGAUGAAGUUGAUGAUAUCCUUUUGUAUCAAGACCAAGACAAUCCCCUCCUUUAUGAGUACCCAGUGGAUACAGAGAUUCCCAGUGUUGUGGAAACCACAACAUCAACCACCCGUCGUACGACAACAACGACAACUACAACCCCUACGACAACGACAACGACUACCACGCCACCUCCGACGACAACCACGGAAGCAAUAACGACGACAAAGACCACAACUAAACCCCCACAAAGUACAACAACAAGAACGCUAAUCCCGCCACGCGCCUCCCGGGUAAACAAUGCCAUCAAGACAACCAUUGCAGCCUCGCUGCCGCGAAGGAUAGCGUCUCCGGCCGCCUCCCUGAAAUGUACAGACAAUUCGCCAAAUGCCAAGUGCAACGAAAUUCCUUCGAGAACCAAUAACCCAACAAGGGGUCGAGGAAGUUCACACUACUCAACCAGCGGCGAUCAACAUUCAACGGUGACAUCAAAUCGCGGAACGCAUCCUCCACGUGCCCGGCCUACACUCAAACCUUCCCAGACCAUUGUCUCAAAGGCUCAGGAGUACAUCGACAUCUACCGCUUCCCACCAUGGCGUCCAGACCCAGUCUAUCCACAACCAACUCCUGACAAGACUGCCGCCAAGUGUCGCAAAGAUGUCUGUCUCCUGCCUGACUGUUUCUGCGGAGGAAAGGAUAUUCCAGGUGAUAUGCCAGUGGAGCAUGUACCACAGAUUGUGUUGCUAACAUUCGAUGACUCAGUGAAUGACCUCAACAAGCAACUCUAUAUGGAUCUGUUCGAGAAGGGACGCGUUAAUCCCAAUGGAUGCCCCAUUACGGCUACCUUUUACGUGUCGCACGAAUGGACAGACUACAGCCAGGUGCAGAAUCUCUAUGCUGAUGGACAUGAAAUGGCAUCCCAUACAGUCUCGCACAGCUUUGGGGAACAAUUCAGCCAGAAGAAAUGGACACGAGAAGUGGCUGGACAGCGUGAGAUUCUCGCAGCCUAUGGUGGAGUGAAGCUGGAAGAUGUCCGUGGUAUGCGAGCACCGUUCUUGUCAAUUGGCGGCAACAAAAUGUUCAAAAUGCUCUACGACUCUAACUUCACCUACGACUCCUCUAUGCCCGUUUACGAAAACCGACCACCUAGCUGGCCCUAUACACUCGACUACAAAAUCUUCCAUGACUGCAUGAUCCCACCCUGUCCCACCAAGAGCUACCCAGGUGUCUGGGAAGUGCCCAUGGUGAUGUGGCAGGAUCUCAAUGGUGGUAGAUGCUCAAUGGGAGACGCUUGUGCCAAUCCACCUGAUGCUGAGGGUGUGGUUAAGAUGCUGAUGAAGAACUUUGAGCGACAUUACACAACAAAUAGGGCUCCAUUUGGACUCUACUACCAUGCGGCGUGGUUCACACAGCCACACCACAAGGAAGGCUUCAUUGCCUUCCUGGACGCCAUCAAUGCCAUGAAGGAUGUGUGGAUCGUUACCAACUGGCAGGCACUCCAGUGGGUGCGUGAUCCAACGCCCAUCUCACGACUCAACUCCUUCCAACCUUUCCAGUGCAAUUAUGCAGGUCGUCCUAAACGCUGCAACAACCCAAAAGUGUGCAAUCUGUGGCACAAAUCCGGCGUGAGAUACAUGCGAACGUGCCAGCCAUGUCCUGACAUCUACCCAUGGACCGGAAAAUCCGGAAUUCGAUCAUCCCGGGUGGACAAUGACAUCGAGGAGUGAACGCAUCUCCCCGGAUAUUGGCCACAAAUUUCCUCUUGAAAACGAAGAAGAAAUCCAAGAAUUUCAAACCUACAGAAAGACAAACGAGAAGACAAACUUUUAGAACUGAUAAAAAAAUUGUAUGUGACAAAAAAAAAAUUGUGAAUUUGGCUUAUUAAUUUAUUUAUUGCUGAGAGACAAAAAGAAAGCAUAAAAAAGAGCAUACAAGAAUGGAUAAAAUACUGCGAAUCAAUUAAUUUCUGAUGCAUUAGUGCGUCCUUUAGAUUUUUUUUUAUCCUAACCACGUGUCUUGUGAUAAUGACGUUAAUAUUUUCUGCCUCGGGAAUUAUGCAUCUCUUGUGAAGAAUACUCUCGCACGCUGGGCUCAGAGAUUAAUUGACUUUUUUUUUUUUAAAUAAUCAAUCAAACAAAUCAAGUUCAACUUUUAGGGAUAAGUUAUUAAGGUGUCCAGCAAAUCGUCUGCCGCGACAAGUGAGAAUUAACACACUAUUUAUGAACAAUAUUCGAAGCCAUUUUUUUUACUUAAUUUUAUUGCGACUUUAGUGGACUCUCCGAGAGGUUUUAAUUGAUUGUGCGAUGUCUCAGGCACGGUGAAUGAUAGGCUGCAUACCUUUUUGACUCACGACAAAGAAGUAAUUAAACAAAAAAACAUGAUGGCGAAUUUAAGUGUAAGAUUUGAGAACAAAAUAUUGUAAAACUGUUUUAUUUCUAUGGCUUCUAUUAUAUUUUUUUUUAUAAGAACUUUCUUUUCUAGUAGAAUUCUUUGAAAACUUCUUUCAAUUUUUCCAAGCGCUGUCUUUUUUUUUGCAAAAGAAUCUUUUGGCAGCUUUGUUUUAUUUUAUUUUUUUCUUAAAAAUAUUUUUCCAACAACGCUUAAUGGAGUUUGAGAAGUUGAAGUGCGUGACUUCUGCGUGAAAAUGUAUUAUUUUCUUUGAAAGUAUUUUGUGCAAAAGCACUUGCGAGAAAUUUAGAGAUAUUUCUGCUAAAAAAAAAAUGAAAUGAUAUUUUGAGGAGAAUCCUUUCCUUCCGAAGUGUCCAUGAGAAAUAUCUGAAAACACUCUAUGUAAUUAUUUUAUAGGCUUUAUGUAAUAAAAAAACAAUGAAAAAUGUAUUAGAAAUAAAAGAAAAAAUCAUAUUUAAAAAAAA